UAUCAAUUCUCAGAAAUCCAUGCUGAAGUGCAGUUGAAGAAUUAUGGAAAAUUUCUUGAGGACUAUACAUCUCAGCUGAAGAGAAUUGAAGAUGCUCUGGAUGACUCUGUUGGAGAUGUUUGGGACUUCAGUCUUGAUCCCAUUGCAUUAAAGCUUUUGCCAUAUGAACAGUCCACCCUACUGGAGCUAAUAAAGACAGAAAACAAGGUUCUAAACAAAGUAAUAACUGUGUAUGCUGCCCUUUGCUGUGAAAUCAAGAAGUUAAAAUACGAGGCAGAAAGUAAAUUUUAUAAUGGCCUCUUGUUUUAUGGAGAAGGAGCCACAGAUUCCAGCAUGGUGGAGGGAGACUGCCAAAUACAGAUGGGAAGAUUUGUUUCUUUCUUGCAGGAGCUGUCUUGCUUUGUUACCCGAUGUUACGAAGUGGUGGUGAAUGUAGUGCAUCAGUUGGCUGUUCUCUAUACCAGCAACAAGAAUGCACCUAAAAUUAUAGAGACAUCUGGAGUUCAUUUUCAGGCAAUGUAUGAGCAUCUGGGAGAGCUGCUUACCGUCUUAAUCACUCUGGAUGAAAUAAUUGACAAUCAUGCCACUCUGAGAGAUCACUGGACCAUGUAUAAGAGGCUGCUAAAAUCUGUCCAUCACAACCCUUCUAAGUUUGGGAUUCAGGAAGAUAAACUGAAGCCAUUUGAAAAGCUGUUGCUAAAACUGGAAUGCCAGUUACUGGAUGGAAUGAUAUUUCAGGCCUGUAUAGAGCAACAAUUUGAUUCUGUAAAUGGUGGAGUGUCAGUGUCGAAGAACACCACAUUUGCUGAAGAAUUUGCUCAUGCUCUUCGCACAGCUUUUGCAAAUGUUGAAGCCAAACUUGGUGAACCUUCAGAAAUUGACCAGAGAGAUAAAUAUGUGGGCAUCUGUGGCCUCUUUGUACUGUAUUUUCAGAUUUUUCGGACCAUAGACAAGAAAUUUUACAAGUCGUUGUUGGAUGUCUGUAAAAAGGUACCAGCCAUCACAUUAACUGCUAACAUUAUCUGGUUUGCUGACAACUUUCUGAUUCAGAAGAUACCAACUGCUGCCAAACUUCUGGACAAGAAAAGUAUUCAUACGAUUAAGAUGCAAAGGGAGAACUUUCUACAGCAGAAGGCACAGUCACUUACCAAAGAUAUGCAGUCAUACUAUGUUUUUGUGAGCUCGUGGAUGACAAAAAUGGAAUCUAUCUUGUCAAAGGAACAACGCAUCGAUAAGUUUGCAGAAGAUCUUUCUAACCGCUGCAAUGUCUUCAUCCAGGGUUUUCUUUAUGCAUACAGUCUUAGCACCAUCAUUAAAACCACAAUGAAUUUCUACAUGUCAGUGCAAAAACCUAUGACCAAAACCUCGGUGAAAGCUCUAUGCAGACUUGUAGAACUUCUGAAGGCAAUAGAACACAUGUUUUACAGAAGAAGUAUGGUUGUGGCAGAUUCUGUGACGCACAUCACUCAGCAUCUGCAAUAUCAGGCUCUUCACUCUAUUUCUGUAGCCAAGAAAAGAGUCAUUUCUGACAAAAAGUACAGUGAGCAACGGCUGGAUGUCCUCUCUGCUUUGGUGUUGGCUGAGAACACCCUCAAUGGGCCAAGUACAAAACAGAGGCGACUAAUUGUUUCCCUUGCACUAAGUGUGGGAACACAGAUGAAGACUUUUAAAGAUGAAGAACUCAUUCCCCUGCAGUUAGUUCUGAAAAAACUAGACUUGAUCAGUGAACUUACAGAGCGAGUUCGAGUACAGUGUGACUGUUGUUUCUUAUACUGGCAUCGAGCAGUCUUUCCAAUCUAUUUAGAUGAUGUGUAUGAAAAUGCUGUUGAUUCUGCUAGACUGCAUUAUAUGUUUAGUGCACUACGGGACUGUGUACCUGCUAUGAUGCAUGCAAGACACUUGGAAUCUUACGAGGUGCUUCUAGAAUGCUACGAUGAAGAAAUCAUGGAAGUGCUUAAUGAGCACUUGCUGGACAAAUUAUGUAAAGAGAUAGAAAAGGACCUACGCUUAUCAGUUCAUACACACCUAAAGCUGGAUGACAGAAACCCCUUCAGAGUUGGUAUGAAGGAUCUAGCUCACUUCUUCUUUCUGAACCCAAUACGUUUUUUCAAUCGAUUCAUUGACAUAAAAGCUUAUGUAACUCACUAUUUGGAUAAGACCUUCUACAACUUAACGACCGUAGCUCUUCAUGACUGGGCCACCUACAGUGAAAUGCGAAACCUAGCAACUCAACGCUACGGUUUAACUAUGACUGAAGCACAUCUUCCCAGCCAGACUCUGGAACAGGGUCUGGAUGUUUUGGAAAUCAUGAGAAAUAUUCAUGUUUUUGUAUCCCGCUACCUCUACAAUCUGAAUAAUCAGAUUUUCAUUGAAAGAACAAGUAAUAACAAACACUUGAACACUAUCAAUAUCCGACACAUUGCUAAUUCAAUUCGAACUCAUGGAACAGGAAUCAUGAACACAACAGUAAACUUCACUUACCAAUUUUUGAGGAAAAAGUUUUAUAUUUUUAGCCAGUUCAUGUACGAUGAACAUAUCAAAUCCAGACUUAUCAAAGACAUCAGGUUCUUCAGGGAAGUCAAGGAUCAAAAUGAUCACAAGUAUCCCUUCGAAAGAGCAGAUAAAUUCAACCGUGGCAUCAGAAAACUUGGAAUAACCCCGGAUGGCCAGAGCUAUCUUGACCAGUUCAGACAACUCAUAAGUCAAAUUGGCAACGCUAUGGGUUAUGUACGAAUGAUAAGAUCUGGUGGACUUCACUGCUGUAGUAGUGCAAUUAGGUUCGUUCCUGAUCUGGAAGAUAUCGUUAACUUUGAAGAGCUGGUGAAAGAAGAGGGACUCUCGGAAGAAACGCAAAAAGCAGCAAGGCAGUUGGACUCUGUCCUCAGUGACCUCACACGUAACUUCGCAGAAGGAACAGAAUACUUCAAAAUGCUUGUGGAUGUAUUUGCUCCUGAAUUCCGCAGCCCAAAGAAUAUGCAUUUGCGGAACUUCUACAUAAUUGUUCCCCCACUGACCCUCAAUUUUGUAGAGCAUUCAAUAAGUUGCAAGGAGAAAUUGAAUAAGAAGAACAAAAGUGGAGCGGCUUUCACUGAUGAUGGGUUUGCCAUGGGUGUGGCUUACAUUCUGAAGCUUUUGGAUCAGUACCAGGAGUUUGAUUCUCUGCACUGGUUCCAGUCUGUUAGAGAGAAGUAUGUGAAGGAAAUAAGAGCAGUAGCUAAGCAACAGAAUGUGCAGUCCACUAAUCAAGAUGAAAAACUACUACAAACUAUGAACCUUACCCACAAGCGACUGGAAGUUUGUUUACAGGAAUUUGAACUCCUUUAUUUCUCACUGAGUAGUGCAAGAAUUUUUUUCAGAGCAGAUAAAACUGCAGCAGAAGAAAACCAGGAGAAGAAAGAAAAAGAAGAAGAAUCUGUUAAAGCAAGUAACGGAGAUCUUUCCAACACCACACCUGCAGAUCCUGUGGUGAAGUGA